AUGGCGACUAGCGUCGUUCUGGGUAUGAACAUUCAACACGCACAAUCUGCUAAUGAUGGCCUUCAGCCUGAGAACGUGAAAUACUGGACAGAUAACUGGACGAUCAACGUUCCAUGGCUACGCACGAAACACAGUGCACGUGAACUCACAACUGAAGAAGUAGCCGAACUUCAACGUUGUUUUAAUGGCGUGAGCUUCACCAUUCCAUGGCCCGGCAAGAAGCGCGACACACCUGAAAUCACAACUGAACAAGUGGCCGAACUUCGACGCUGUUUUGACAACUGGAACAUCAACAUCGGUCGCAAACGAAGCGUAAAUGAAUUCACACCCGAACAGUUGGCCGAAAUUCAACGUUGGUUCGAUGGUUGGAAUAUCAAUAUUUUUGGAAAACGAAGCGUACAAGAUCUUACACCCGAACAGUUGGCCGAAAUUCAACGUUGGUUCGAUGGUUGGAAUAUCAAUAUUUUUGGAAAACGAAGCGUAGAAGAUCUUACACCCGAACAGUUGGCCGAAAUUCAACGUUGGUUCGAUGGUUGGAAUAUCAAUAUUUUUGGAAAACGAAGCGUAGAAGAUCUUACACCCGAACAGUUGGCUGAACUCCAACGUUGGUUCGAUGGUUGGAAUAUCAAUAUUUUUGGAAAACGAAGCGUAGAAGAUCUUACACCCGAACAGUUGGCUGAACUCCAACGUUGGUUCGACGGCUGGAAUAUCAAUAUCUUUGGAAAACGAAGCACAAUAGAACUCACACCCGAACAGUUGGCUGAACUUCAACGUUGGUUCGACGGUUGGAAUAUCAAUAUUUUUGGAAAACGAAACAUAAUGGAACUUACACCCGAACAGUUGGCCGAACUUCAACGUUGGUUCGACGGUUGGAAUAUCAAUAUCUUUGGAAAACGAAGCACAAUGGAACUUACACCCGAGCAGUUGGCUGAACUUCAACGUUGGUUCGACGGCUGGAAUAUUAAUAUUUUUGGAAAACGAAGCAUAAUGGAACUCACACCCGAACAGUUGGCUGAACUUCAACGUUGGUUCGACGGUUGGAAUAUCAAUAUUUUUGGAAAACGAAGCCUACACGAGCUUACACCCGAACAGUUGGCUGAACUUCAACGUUGGUUCGACGGCUGGAAUAUCAAUAUUUUUGGAAAACGAAACAUAAUGGAACUUACACCCGAACAGUUGGCCGAACUUCAACAUUGGUUCGACG